CCUUUUGAUCUCUCUUUGUCAUAAUUAUCAUUAACGAGAGAGCAGUUUCUUUUCUUCUGUUUUUCUUCAUGGAUUCUAGAGUUGUUGAAAGUCAAGUGCAUGAGAACGAUGAACAUCACCCCUACAAUGUUGCCUCACAGCAAGUGGCACAUGGUGCAGAAGAACCCCACUCUGACCAUGAGAAGAAGUCUGUUCUGAAUAAGGUCAAGGCAAAGGCUAAGAAAAUUAAGGACACCAUCAAGAAGCAGGGCCAACAUGUCCUUGAUCAUGGCCAUGAGUACAACAAUGAAGAUCAGCAUAUCCCUGAUGAUCAUGACUUGGAUGAGGAUGAAGAAACUGUUGAAGACCCAGAAGUUCAAGGAGCACCAACAGUGUAUGAAAGUGAAGCUGUUAAAAGUGCUACACCAACAUCUGAGCAAGUCAGAAAUUUAGGGAAAUCAGGAACUAAUUUUGGAGGUGCAAGAGUCAUGGGAGAAGAACAUCAUCAAGAUCCACUAGUUGUAGGCGAUUCUUCAACUACUGAAAUCAAUCAAACCAUAUCCUCUGACCCAGACAAAAAAUUUGCUGGGGAAGAGAAGCCAGGGCAAUAUAAGGUCAAUUUGGAGAGGCCAAUAGGCUUGGAUGAAGAUCCUCACGCGCCAGGAAGUAAACCUGAGGCAUAUAUUCCUCCCAAUUAUCAAACUAAAGUCACUGAUCCAAGAGGGGCAGGAAUUGAUGAAAUAGAAAUUACACCAGUUGAGGAAUCUUUUGCUGAAAUGAAAGUCCACGAUGAGCCAAAACAUACCCCAGAACCAAAUGUCAAGCCAACUAUUGUGGAUACUCAAUACAGUCCUGCUGGAAGCCAUGAAGAGCAACAAAAAAGUGGGGAUGCUUCUAACAUGUCAGGGUCCACCGCAGAAUAUGGAAAGAACAUUGCUCACUCUAUGGCAGAGAAAUUAGCUCCAGUUUAUGGGAAGGUUGCAGGGGUAGGAAGUGCAGUCAAGUCCAAAGUGUCUGGAACUAUAACUGGUGGUGUGAGAACUGAAACAAAAAAUGGAGUUGAAGAAGAGGACAAAGGGGUUUCUGUGAAGGACUAUUUGGCUGAGAAGCUAAGGCCUGGCGAAGAAGACAAGGCACUUUCUGAGGUAAUCUCAGAAGCUUUGCAUAAGCGGAAAGAGGAGGAGCCAGUGAAAAUAGAGCAUGAAAACUUAGAUAUUGUUGAUGACAAGUCAGAGAAAGUGUAUGAAGAAAGCAGUGUGAAGAGUCCAGGAAAAGGUGUAGUUGACAAGCUUAAAGGUGUUGUUGGCUCUUGGUUUGGCAAAUCAGAGGAAAAUCAAUCAUCACAAGUUGCUGGAGGUGAAGAUUUAUCAGAGAAUAAAAAUUCUGGAGCAGAAGUGGAACAUGUUACCAAGUUGUAGGUGAAGGAAGAAUACAUGAGUGAUCCAAUUGAAGAACAAGGGACUCCUUAAAUUUCUUUGUGGAUAAUACUUCUGAGCAGUGCUACCGUUACAUGUAGUUAGAUACUUGUACAUUGGUGGAUUGAUGUGAAAGUUAUUAUAUGUUUGUGUAGAUCUGGAAUUUAUUUAAAUUAUGAUAUUAUUGUAGAGGAUGAGAGACUAAGACUCUGUUAUUAUUAGGUUAAAUGAAAAAAAAACACCACUAUCUUAUUGUAUUUUGUAUUGUAAUAAAUACUUCAAUUCAAUUUC